AUGGUGCCCUCCUCUGUCCACUCCUCCUCCUCCUCCUCCGACAGCUUCUCCACCGCCCCCACCUCCGCUGCACAGAUUCAAAGCCUCUCCAUCUGUCAUCAUGCUAGCGUGCGCACCACAACAACUCUGUCCAACGACUGCGAUUGCGAGUGGCGCGUGAUCGAUUCAUGCGUCGUCAACUGGAUCCUCGCGUCCGUCUCCAAGGGUGUCUUCGACGUCGUGCGGCGUGAUCGCCACGGCGCGUUCACCCUCUGGCACACCAUCGAGGGGCUCUUCCAGGACAAUGAGCUACAGCACGCCGUCUACCUCGAAACCGAGCUGCGAUCUCUACAGCAAGGUGACAUGUCCAUGAAUGACUACUGCACCAAGCUCAAGCGCAUCGCUGAUCCGCUGCGCGACAUCGGCCACUCCAGCACCCACUCCUUCCUAAUCCUCGAGGAGCUCAGCUUCCAGCACGACUCCAACGCCGAGGCAAGUCAGGCGCUCACCGCGUCCCAUGGCGAUCACUCUGGCAGCUCCUCCAACACCAACUUGGCUUCCUCCAGCACCAAAGAUAGGUCCUCUGCCUCUCCUACCCCGUGCUCCACCAACAAUCGCUCCGGCAAUGGUGGCGGCAACAACCGCUCCAACAAUCGCUUUGAGCGGCGUCACGAUCGUGGCGGCGGCGGUGGCUCAUCACGGCCCAAUGCCAAUGCCUCCAACACCCAGUCCACGCCAUGGGCCGCAGGCUACAACCCAUGGCAAGGCAUGGUGCAGGCCUAG